GGCGCCCCAGCUGCGGCCCAGGCGGCCUGGCUGCGGGAUCCGUACGCAGCGAUGGCGCGACAACCCCGGCAGCGCCCGGGUCACCGGGCGCCGCUGCUCCUGCUGCUGUUGGCCGGGUCCGCAGUCUGCGCCGCCAGCCCCGCGGACGACGGCGCGGGCCCGGGCGGCCGGGGACCCCGGGGACGUGCCCGGGGGGACGCGGGCGCAGACGAAGCUGUGCCGCGCCACGACUCCUCCUACGGCACCUUCGCCGGCGAGUUCUACGACCUACGCUACCUGUCCGAAGAGGGUUACCCUUUCCCUACUGCUCCUCCUGUGGAUCCAUUUGCCAAAAUCAAAGUGGAAGACUGUGGAAAAACGAAGGGAUGCUUUAGAUACGGCAAACCAGGCUGUAAUGCAGAGACCUGUGACUACUUCCUUAGCUACCGGAUGAUAGGGGCUGAUGUGGAAUUUGAGCUGAGUGCAGACACAGAUGGUUGGGUAGCAGUUGGAUUCUCUUCAGACAAGAAAAUGGGUGGUGAUGAUGUUAUGGCCUGUGUCCAUGAUGACAAUGGCAGGGUCCGCAUCCAGCACUUCUAUAACGUAGGCCAGUGGGCAAAGGAGAUUCAGAGAAAUCCUGCGAGAGAUGAAGAAGGAGUUUUUGAGAACAAUCGUGUCACCUGCAGGUUUAAACGCCCUGUAAAUGUUCCCAGAGAUGAAACAAUUGUUGAUCUGCAUUUGAGCUGGUACUAUCUGUUCGCUUGGGGUCCAGCCAUUCAAGGCUCUAUCACCCGCCAUGAUAUAGACUCACCGCCGGCUUCAGAGCGUGUUGUCAGUAUUUACAAGUAUGAAGACAUUUUUAUGCCAUCGGCUGCCUAUCAGACCUUCUCCUCUCCAUUUUGUUUGCUUCUCAUUGUUGCCCUGACCUUCUACUUACUGAUGGGAACCCCUUAACCACAGCUACAAAGCCAACUGAUUAAAUGGAUUGGAAAGUCUUUAGUAGAAAUAUGUUUUUAAAGAAAAUUCAGUAUAAUUUUAGCUUCUGUGAUUAAAAAAAAAACACAUAUGAUUUUAACUUUUUUUAUAGAAAGAGUAAGCUGCUUUUCUCAUCAAAGAGGAUUGUUUAAAAAUGACCCCAUACGUUCGGAAAGUGCUUAAAACUUUUCAAAGCACUUUCAAUUAUGCUUUCUUAUUUGAGUAUCAUAAAAUCUCUGGCUUGAUAAAAAUUAUUCUUGCCAUUAUACCAAAUGGGACCUGAGACCCAGUAAGGCUGCCUUUUUCCGACCCACAUGUCUUGGCUACGUGGUCAGAUAAUACGUAGCAAGGUAGAGAAAGAGCUAGGCACCGAAAUCGUGCUCUGAACAACCUUUCCUCUUCUUACUGCCACACCAGAGGGUCACCCUGAGUAUGACUCGGGAGAGGUCCAGUGGGUGUCACUAUUUCACGUUUAAGCAGAACAGCUUUUGAAUUUCUAUAAAGCAUAAGACUUUUGGAUAUUUGCACUGCUGGUGGGAGAAAGGGGGGAUCCCAGUGAUCGGAAAAUGAUGCAUAGUUAUCAGAAAUGUCUUCUCAGUGAGUGAGUAGCUAUGAGAAAAUAUUUUUAUUGAUGUUUGGAAAGGUUAGAGAUGGAACUGUGAGCAUUCCUGAAGAUGUAAAAUUAUGUUAGUCAUAAAAAAUAUGGGACUUCUUAGCGGUUAGAAUGAAUUUCAUAAACUAAGGUUUCAUCUGUGGUUAUAGCAAAUUCUGUUGUCAUUAAGUUCGAUUAAAUAUGUAUUAUAGCAGACUAAACAGCUGAAUAAAAAUUUAAAGUAUUUUAAUAAUCAACAUUUUUGGAGAUUGUGGAGAGUUGGAGUAGAAACUUUUUUAAGAUCAGUUCUGCUUUGUUUUAUUAGAAAAUAGGAAGGUGACUGGUAAAAUGAAUUCACCUAGAAUAUUCAUUCAGAAUGUUCAGACUUGAAAGUUAGAUUGACAACAUAAUUUAUAUUAAUGCUUUGACUCUCUUAAUGCAUUUCCUUUUUUCAAAGGAACCCAAAUGUUCCUUUGUUCCACCUGUCUUAGCUAACAGCCCACCUAAGGGGAAGGAGUCUGUGGGUGUAGUUGUGCUCCGACAUUUCCAUUGUUGAGUUACGGAGUCCUUUGGCUUGCCCAUCCCCCACCUCCACACCUUGACUCCCACACCUGUUACUUUAAAGCUGGCUCCAACUUUUUGGAUUGUGUGAUUAAGUAACACUGAAGACUCUGAUUUCUAAUGCCACCUUCAGAAUUCAUGUCAGGAGUGAGAAUCUACCUAUCGGGAGAGAUUUCAAAUUGUUCUGAAACUGAACAGAAAUAAGGAAGACAUCAGUGUUCUGUGAUGGUAGAGUUUCCCAAGCACUUUCUUGAGAACAUAGGAGAAAGAAUCCUCAAUGCAGAUAGGAAAACAUUCAAUGACAUCAAGUGAGUAAUAGAACUGGGUAGGAUUCAAGCUCAAGUCCUGUGGUUCAUGUCCGUGGCUCCACCUGACUACCACCACCUCUUAACUAAGCUAGUCUUGUCUGAGGAUGGCCUGGGUAUCACCUUCUAAGCUACAGCGUUUGUUUAGUAAUGAGGAUGCUGAUUAUGCAGGCACUCACUUUGUAAAUAACAAAUCAAAUAUUUUUAUAUUUCACUCUCAUGUGUAUAAUAUUUCAGCUAUAUUUUAAAAAGCCACUGCCGUCAAGUUGAUUCCAGCUCGUA